UGAUGUAUUUAUAAACGAAACCAGCACAGGCACCGCGCGCGGUCCGCAUCAAUGAUAGAGUUUUCACCAGUAGGCCUACUAGUUUACGUUUCCUUUUGGGCAGAACAAUGAGCACAACAGCUCCAUCUGGCAGGAGGCAGGAGGGGACAUUCCAGCUAGAGGACUCCCUCCCUCCGCUUCCUGUGCCAACGCUGGAGAAGACACUACAAAAAUACCUGGAAUCUGCCAAGCCCUUUCUGACGAAGGAGGAAUUUGAGAACACCAGACGUAUCGUGGCCAAGUUUGGAGAAGGCGUUGGCAAAGAACUGCACAGGAAACUACAGGAGAAAGCCCGCAACAGCAAAAACUGGGUGGAGCAGUGGUGGGAAGAUCUCGCCUAUCUGUACACACGUGCGCCCCUGGCCGUUCAGUGUAACAUCACUGGUAUCCCGCCCUACCACGAUGACAUCUGGCCUCCAAUGGAAGGGACCCAGUGUGAGCGGGCUGCCAUUGUUGCCUGGUAUACCCUGAACUACUUCCAGAAGUUACGCAGAGAGCAGAUUGCGGUUGACAAGAGCCGUACUGGUAAAGUCUUCUCCAUGAACCAACUCAGAGGUCUCUUCUGCUGCGCCAGAAUCCCUGGCGAAACUAAAGACCAACUUGUGCGGUACUUCAAAACCGAGAGUGAGGGUCCAUGCCCCAGCCAUGUGGUGGUCUUCAGCAAUGGCCACAUCUUCCUGAUGAGACCCAUUGAUGACAAGGACAGACUCAUGCCUGCCCAAGAAAUCUACAGGCAGCUGUGUCUCAUUAAGAAGUUGAGCACAGCCAGAGGCCAGGGCAUAGGAGUACUGACAGCUGACGACAGACCUUCUUUUGCCAAGGCUUACAAACACCUACGGGCAUUGGAUCCUGUCAACCAAUCCCAUCUCGAUACCAUAGAGCAGAGUGCAUUCACCAUCAUGCUGGACGACGGAACACCCAAGACGCCCACGGAGAAAAUUGACCAAGGGUUGAAGGGAGACGUGCACAGUCGCUGGGCUGACAAGUCCACGGGUAUAGUGUGCUUCAGUAAUGGUGUGCUUGCUUGCACACAGGACCAUGCUCCUGUCGAUGGCAUGAUCAUUGUUGUCCUGAAUGCGCUCGUACAUGAAAGCCUGAUACGGACGGCUGGGCGAUGGCCCACCUCAGAGUUUGUCGGUUUCUCCAACUACCAAGCCCCCAAGGAACUUGUCUUCACCAUCGAUGAAACCAUCUACAAGGCCAUGGAGAAAGCGUACAACACGUUUGCUGCCAAUGCCUCCAACCUUCUGGUUCUGAGCAGCAGAUGUGGAGCAUUUGGCAAACAGUGGACCAAGAAGUAUAAACUCCACCCGGACACUGUGUUUCAGCUGGCCCUGCAGCUUGCAUACUACAUGCUACAUCACAAGCCAGUUCCAACUUAUGAAACAGCCACUACAAGACAGUUUUAUCAUGGACGUACUGAAACCCUGCGGGUAUGCACAUCGGAGGCUGUGGAGUGGUGUCAAGCAAUGCUAGAUCCAUCCAAAUCAAUGUCUGAGCGACGGGCCUUAUUCCUGGUGGCCAUUAGGAAGCACGAUGAGAACAUGACGGAGGCUGCCAACGCAGAAGGCUGCGACAGGCAUCUGUUUGGUCUCCAAGCACUGGCAAUGGAGCAAGGAUUGCCUGUACCUGAGCUGUACACAGACCCUGCAUACACGAAGAGUGGUGGCGGCGGGAAUUUCAAGCUGUCUACGAGUUGCGUUGGGUAUGUGCGAUGCUGUCUGGGCGCCUGUGCCCCUAUGUGUACGGAUGGCUAUGGCGCGUUCUAUAACAUCACUGAUGACCAUUUCUUCCCAAUUUUGCUGACAUUCAAGUCCAGCAAGGAGACGGACAUCAAGCGGUUCUUUGUGGCCCUCAACGCAGGCCUGGUGGACAUCAAGAACCUAGUCAUGAUGAACAGCCCCAAGAUGUAAAGCAAAACGUGGAAAUCCUUCCACUGUCUCCCAUUAUGUGAUGAAGGUACAGUAAAA